AUGGUCAACGUUAGAUUAGGAGAUAUUGCACCCAACUUCCAGACUACCGUCUCAGAGAAUGGUCAAGCCAAGGAGAUCGAUUUCCAUGAGUGGUUAGGUGGAUCAUGGGCUAUCCUCUUCUCUCACCCUGAUGACUAUACCCCCGUCUGUACUACCGAGCUUUCGGCCGUUGCCCUCUCCUACGCUGAUUUCCAAUCCCGAGGAGUCAAGCUCAUCGGUCUAUCAGCUAACAACGCCGAUUCUCAUAAAGGUUGGAUCAAAGAUAUCGAUGCUCUAUCCCCUAACGGCCCCAAUCUCGAAUUCCCAAUUAUCGCCGAUGAAGAUCGAAAGGUCGCAGAGCUCUAUGGAAUGCUCGAUCACCUCGAUGCUACUAACGUAGAUAAAAAGGGUAUUCCCUUCACCGUCCGAACAGUCUUCAUCAUUGACCCAGAGAAGAAGGUCCGUUUGACCCUCGCCUACCCAGCUUCAACCGGUCGAAACUUCCCUGAAAUCUUGAGAGUCAUCGAUUCCCUCCAAUUGGGUGAUAAAUAUAAGAUUACAACUCCUGCCAAUUGGAAGAAAGGUGAUGACGUUAUCGUACAUCCUUCAGUACAAGGUGAAAAAGUGAAAGAACUCUUUGGAGAUGAUGUAAAGACCGUUUAUCCUUAUCUUAGAUUCACCGCUGACCCAUCCAAGAAGCAAACCGCUUAA